AUGAAGUACUCUUUCGCCAUCGCUCUUAGCACCCUCGUGCUCGGCAUCACCGCCGCUCCCGCUGCCAACGGCGCCGCUCAGGGCAACGCCAUCGCUCACGCUGAGCGCGGCUACUUCGACUUCCUCCACCACGCCGCCCGCGCCGAGAAGCCCACCAAGACCAAGUCCUCCAAAGCGGCCAAGAAGACUAAACACUCCACCAAGACCCGUCACCCCGGCUCCAUCAUCACCUCCGCCCCCGGCGCCCCCGGCAACGGCACCAACAGCCAGUUCGAGAUCCGCGCCAGCAACGGCACCGCUGCCGCCGGCCUCCCCGCCUCCUCCGGCACCUCAGUCCUCAAGGCCGCCCAGACUGUCGCCGCCGGCGCCUCCUUCGACGGUGGCAUGAAGGCUUUCGACCGUGGUGUCUCUUGCACUGGCCAGGCCGAGGGCGGCGACUCUGACGCCGUCUUCAUCCUCGAGAAGGGCGCCAAACUCUCCAACGUCAUUAUCGGACCCAACCAGAUCGAGGGUGUCCACUGCAACGGUGGCUGCACUCUCGACAACGUCUGGUGGGCGGCUGUUUGCGAGGACGCCUUCACCAUCAAGAACCAGGAUGCCGGCGAGACCACCACCAUCACCUCUGGCGGCGCCUUCGGGGCCGACGACAAGGUUCUCCAGCACAACGGCGCCGGUACCCUCUCCGUCAGCGGAUUCACCGUCGAGACCUUCGGCAAGCUGUACCGCAGCUGCGGCAACUGCAAGUCCAUGUACGAGCGCCACGUCAUCCUUGACAACAUCAACGCCUCCUCUGGAAAGCUCCUCGCUGGUAUCAACUCCAACUACGGUGACACUGCCACCUUCACCAACAUCGUCGCCAAGAGCGUCAAGGAGGUCUGCACUGAGUUCAAGGGCACCACCCCCGGCAACGAGCCCACCGAGAUCUCCAGCGGUCCCUCUACUUACUGCAAGUACGCCACCUCUGACAUCCAGAGCUCCUAA